AUUCUUGCCUCGUUCUUCGGGCCGAGAGUAUUCAAGAUGGCUGCCUCAGUUUUCAGUUGAGGGUCCAUGUCCCUGCCCCCACUGUGAAUGAAGCUGUCCAGCAACUCCAGUGUGUCAGCACGGCCCCCGCCUCUCAUCUUGCCUCCCAUCAUGUCCUCUUCUUCGUCCUGCUCCUCUUCUCUGGAGACCAGUCCGGAGGACACUCCCCGAGGGGGCGGUACCAUCCGCGUCUACCUCCCCAACAAGCAGCGCACUGUGGUGAACGUCCGCCCUGGGCAGACAGUCCAUGACAGCCUGGAUAAGGCCCUAAAGGUGCGAGGUCUGUACCAGGAGUGCUGUGCGGUGUUCCGCCUCCUCGAGGGUCGCAAGCGGCUGACAGACUGGAGCACAGACAUCACACCACUGGUCGGGGAGGAGCUGUUGGUGGAGGUCCUGGAUGAUGUCCCGCUGACCAUGCACAACUUUGUACGCAAGACCUUCCUCAAGUUGGCCUACUGUGACUUCUGCCACAAGUUCCUCUUCAAUGGCUUCCGCUGCCAGACCUGCGGCUACAAAUUCCACCAGCACUGUAGCAGCAAAGUCCCCACUGUGUGUUUGGACUUGAACAAAGAGGGUUUGCCAAACCCUGGCACAGAUGAGUACCCUCCGAUCCCUACACUGAUACCAGAUACCUCCAUAUCCCAGAGUGACAUGGCCUUAACCCCAGAGCCUUUUGGGCCAGGACUUCUCUCCCCUCCAUUGGACUUCCACUUCCCCCUCCCGGGCUCUGACGGCCAGUCCCUCCAGCGGCACCGUUCCACGUCAACUCCCAACGUCCACAUUGUCAGUACAGUGGGACCGGCUGGGACUGGAGCCAUCGAGGAAGCAUUAAAAAUAAACAACACAAUUGGACUGGAGCCGUCACCAAAUCCCUCAACCAGCCCCCUUUUGCUGGGCUCACCAGGAAGGCGGCCCCCCAAGUCCCCUUCAGAGCACAAGGAGCGCAAGUCUUCGUCCUCAGAUGACAAGAAAAAAGUGCACCGCGGGGGUAACCGUGACUCCAGCUACUACUGGGAGGUGCACCCGAGCGAGGUGACUAUGCUGAAGCGCAUUGGUGCUGGCUCCUUUGGCACUGUUUUCAAGGGCAAGUGGCAUGGCGAUGUGGCUGUGAAGAUCCUGAAGGUGACAGACCCGACCCCCGAGCAGCUGCAGGCCUUCAAGAACGAGAUGCAGGUCCUCAGGAAGACGCGCCAUGUGAACAUCCUGCUGUUCAUGGGUUUCAUGACCAAGCCCAACUUUGCCAUCAUCACACAGUGGUGCGAGGGCUCCAGCCUGUACCGUCACCUGCACGUCACCGAGACUAAGUUUGACACAAUGCGCCGUAUUGAUGUGGCACGCCAGACUGCUCAGGGCAUGGACUACCUACAUGCCAAAAACAUCAUACACCGAGAUCUGAAAUCGAACAAUAUUUUCCUCCAUGAAGGAUGGACAGUGAAGAUUGGCGACUUUGGUUUGGCAACGGUCAAAUCACGCUGGAGUGGCUCGCAGCAGGUGGAGCAGCCAAGUGGCUCAAUCCUGUGGAUGGCCCCAGAAGUGAUCCGCAUGCAGGAUAGCAACCCCUACACCUUCCAGUCCGAUGUGUAUGGGUACGGUGUGGUGUUGUAUGAGCUGAUGUCUGGAACACUACCUUACUCUAACAUCAACAACCGGGACCAGAUAAUCUUCAUGGUGGGGCGUGGCUACUUAUCUCCUGACCUCAGCAAGUUGUACAGCAACUCUCCAAAAGCCAUGAAAAGGCUCAUCAUUGACUGCCUCAAGUUCAAAUGGGAGGAGCGGCCCCUCUUUCCACAGAUCCUGGUAAGCAUCGAGCAGGUGCAGGACCUGAUGCCGAAGAUCGAGCGCAGUGCCUCGGAGCCAUCCCUGCACCGUGCUGUGCACGCCGAGGACCUCAACCCCCUUCUCUUCCACACCACCCGGCUGAUGCCACUGUGAUGCUGCUGCUCUCCACUGGGAGCGGCUUCCCAGGAUGUGGUCCCGUCCUCAGACCUGCUGCUCCAUUCUUCACUUCCUGGAGGAUGGUAGAGGUCCACACUUCACAUACCACGUACAUGACGGACCUCCACCACUGUUGUGAACAUCAGCUGACUCCCAAGAGCCACGGAGAGGCACGGAAGAGUAAAGCGCUUAAUGCAGAAUAAACACCCUUCUUACGUCCUGCCCUGUAGGUUCAUAAUCCACCGUGGGUAGGAUGCAUGUAUGCCAUCCUGUGAUGGCACCAUGCAGCCCAAACCUUUGUUUCUUAGCGGAUUUCAAAAGGAAAUGGACAUUUUGAAAAGGCCUUGUUCAGCUCGACUACAAAGCAAAAGAAGCUGCUUGCGCCUCACUGUUUUGUUUGUUUUGUAUUUUGUUAAAGAGACCUUGGUCAUUUUUCUUUAGUUUUAUAAUGUCCGCUGCAGAUGACAUACUGGAUUACGUCACCUGAGUUACAGUUUGCAGUUUCAGUUCCCUUUAACAAGACAUACUGAAAUACAAAGAGCCCAUUUGAAAAAUACCAGUAGUCAUGAAUGUUGACAGUUAAAUUUAUAGAAAUACCAACAAAUAUCAAACGAAGAUCUACCACCGCAUCACAUAAAAGUUACUUGUAAGAUGAUGUGCUUCAUGCAGUGUAUUGGCACAGUUUAGUGUACUCCAGUAGUACCUCUCUUUAAGGCUUGAAACAGGACACCAGGUGACUUCUGGUCCAUUUCCCCUUGUUGGGAUGCACACCUGGUGUGCAAUCCUUAGCUGCCUUUUGGUUUCUCACUGAGGCUCCACUGCCUCAUUCACCUUCCCUGGAGAAGGACAUUUCCACAAAGUCCUGGGGAGUGCUGGCAUUGCUGAGUCAUCUGACACCAUCCUGGCAUGGUGUAAGUUCUGCCUGUAACCAUGGCAGCUCACUGUGUGUUUGCACUGACACUUCCAGGCAUGCAGAUGUCCAGUGUUGGAACAGGUGUUUUAAUAGGUCAUUUUAUUUUAAUUUAUUGCUCAUACCGAAGAAGAGCAGCCCCAGAAACAAUGCGAGCAUUACCUGUUAGAACCUGCAGUGGAUUUUUUUUUGUGCUGGGGUUAGUCAGCCCCAUGAAUGAUGGUCUGGUAUCAAGGGACCAGGCGCUGUAGUUUGCCUAUUCCCGUUGUUGUAAGCAAGCUCGUGUGGCUUUCUUGGUUUGUACUGCUGUGAUUUGAGAGACUCUAAAGUUGUUGCUCUUUAAAUUUAUUUUCAUCUUGUUAUUGUUUGUGUUCUCCACCAUUCCGAAGGGCUCCAGUGGCUUUUACACACGGCUGGACCUAUAGCUAAGCCCGUUGUUAUUUUACACGACACUGGCUGUAUGGUGUUGGCUGUUUUGGGCCAAAAGCACAGUGGUGUUGAAUGGAAAAGUUCUCUAUGAUUUGCCAUCCUGCAAGUACCACUAAGGUCCUGGGGGGCGCUCAUGCUGCAGAUAGACUAUAUAGUGGAUUUCAACAUUUACAUAGUUGUGAAAUUGUUUAGGCCAGGAACAGUUACCAAGUAUAUGGCUCCUUUUUAAAUAUCUGUGUAACUUUAUUCUUGAAAAAAGUUGAUUUACUGUCCCUUUCAGAAUGGUUGAGCCCUGGCUGUUUGGGAACCCAGGGUACGGGACCCACGACAAGGUCCGUGAAUGCUUUACAUCACAGGAUGCCCAACAGAAAAUGUCCAAAUUCCUCUUUCUACCUGGACUUGAUCUCUCAGCACUCUAUGGUGGCCACAUCGUUCCCGCAAGAGACUGUGGCCACAUGUGACUCUGGGGCUCAUUCUAUGCAGAAAAGAGCUGAGAUGUGACACUUUCUGUCCACUUGACAUGUUUUCCUUAUCAUGUGUAAGUAUAUGGCUUAGCAGUGUGGUUUUGAGAAACUGAACAUAAGACAUCUUUAGCUGGUCGUGGGUUACAGGUGGUGUAGCGCAGGGCAAUGAUGCCGUUGUGCAGGGUUUGUGGUGGGACACACAGCUCUUGCAGACAACCUUUGCCCAGGUGGGUUCAGCAGGGUCUUUGCUGUGCACGUUGUAGUGUUACUGUGAAUGUCAAGCUGCGUAAUCCUUGAUGCGCCUCAUUUUGCACACAGCACUGUCUGUCAUCAUUAGUGGUUUAGUAACAGAUAUAACUGACUGCUUUUCUAAACUGUACAUUAUCUGAAUUGUGAGAUUUUUAGUUCUUGACAAGGGGCUGGAUAACCCUCUUUCUUUUAGUGACUCACUGUGGUAUGGUUUAGUCUGUUCUACGGGUUUGCUAACUAAUGGUAUAGCAUACACUUCCCUUUUUUAUUUAUUUGUGGUAUCAGGUUCUGCAAAUCUGGAUUUAUUUAUGAUGUGCUCCGGCUCCUCAUUUUACGAUUGGUCAAGUUACAAAUUGUCAUUGAUAAAAGCAUUCUCCGGCAGUUUUUAAUUGUCUUGUCUAAUAUAAAAUUUGUCUGUAGCAGAGUGAACGUGACCUGUUCUCGUUUCAAUUCAAUUAUAUUUCCAACCAAUAGAUGGCAGUAACCAAAUGUUCAGCACUGAAUUGAAAAGUUGUCAUGCACAGUAUAUUUUUUUAGUGAAUAAACUGAGGGGUAUUAAGGUUUUGAUUGUAAAUUAGAGCAAAAAUUGACUUGGAGGCCACAAAAGCAACAAAUGACAGACUUCAAGUCCCAGUUGUAUUUGUAAGGUGAGGAGCCAAUGUAUUUCUGAAAUAUCAGAAUGGAUUUUUUAAUAAUAGAAAAUUACUUCUGGUGUUUUUUGGAAAUUGUACCUUUGUCCCCUGGUGAUUACUCAAGUUCAGCAACCUGGCUGAAAGGCAGUGGUGUCGGUCAUGGUGGACACCUGAAAGAGGACCAAAGUGAACUCGCUGUGGGAUUCACAGAUAAUAAACGUCACCUGAGGAGAAAGAUGUUCACUUGUGUUCUAGAGGCCAUAUAGCCAUACAUCCCUUUUUUGGAGUCAUCCCCCCUUUCCUGUGAAAUCCCUCUGUGUUAAAAGGGGACAGAUGGUGCAUGCAGUUAUGCAGUUCAUGGCUACAUCUUGGGGUGCUUGCACUUCACAUCAGUUUGUUAAUGGCUUUCAUCUAAAGUCACAUCGUUAUAGGGCCAUCAGAUUUGUGAUGACACUUUUUUUAAUGGAUGUAGUUUGUGUUCUCUGCUUUUUCCACCUUACAGGCCCAAGAUAGCAACUGCACUUGUGUUGCUAUGGGUGUUGGACUCUGUAUCAAUCAAAGAAGUCCAGCUAGAUGCAUCACCCAGUAAAAUAAAUCCUGAACCAAGUUCACCGGUCAUGCAGUCAGUCUCAUUUACCAACUCUGUUUUUUUUUUUUUUUUUGCUCUUAAAACAAUUUUGUAUUUUUAUUAACUAUUUAUUUGGGGCUUUUAAAACUAAAAGUAAAUCAUUGUCAUUAAUCAAAUAUAAUUUUUAUUAAAUGUUAGUCAGGUUUAAAUUUUUAGUCUUCACAGUGCAUACAGCAGCCUAUUUCUCAGAAGCCCUUGAGGUGAAGCACACCACACUUGUGGAUCUCACUUUUGGGCCUUCUGUUUACUAGUGGAGUUCCAUAACUGUGACCCAGACAUUGUAGUGGUGGUGGUGGUGUUGGUGGUGGUAGUGGUUGGUGGUGGUCAUGGUGCUGACGGGCUGCAUGGAGGGGGACUCCCCUAGAGUACAACAUCCCAUGGAAGCAGUCGAAGAUGGCCUUAUUGGAUCGGCUCCCCUCGGCCAUUUGUCGAACUGGACAAGUAGUCACUGAGCUGACCGAUAUGUCACAGUAGUGAGUCCCAAAUAUCUUUACCAUAGUAGCUCACAGCAAUUGUACAGUAUCGGAGGAGGGAUCUGGGCUUGUAUGUUGGCAAUACAAAAGGUAUAUCCUAAUGUGUACAGUUACAUUUUUUAAUGUAAAAAAAAAACUUGUUUCUAUUUUUGUG